AUGCUACCACCAACGGAGUCAGCCUUGAUGCAACAUACUAGGCGUGUUUAUUAUCAAAUUCAAAUUUGGCUAGGACGAAGGAAUUUGAAACCGGAAGAUUGGGGAUGGCAUAGAUCAAAUUUCAUGCUGCUUCCAAAGAUGAUGAGCAAGGCAAUAGCGCCAAAGGAAUUGUUGAAUAACGUUUUCUGCAGUUGUAAUGGAAAAUGCGAUACUGCUCGUUGCAGUUGCAAAAAAGCAGGACUGAAGUGUACAAGGUUCUGCAAAGUUUGUAACGGGGUAAGUUGUGAAAAUUUUUCAAACUUAAUAAACAGAGCAGAAAUAAACUCGGACGUAGAUGAGGACGACGGCGAUGAAGAUGAUCUUGAAGCAGAUAAUACUAUAGAAGAAGAAGAUUGAUGCAUUAACGUUAAUAAUUAAUGAAUAAUGUAUUACUUAGUU